AUGGCUUCCCAACAACAAACUUACGAAGAGGCAAAGGAGCUAAUGAAGAAAGGCGUUCUUCAUGAGCACAACUGUAAGCGAAUUGCCGCUCAAAAAUACUUUCGACGAAUUCUGCUCGAUUAUAACGAUUUCGUUAGUCUCAAAAUCGAGUGCACUGUCGAAUUCUAUAAGAACUUUGCUGUUGACGACAAGGCCAACAAAAAGCUCGUUGCGUCAAUUAAAGAAAAAACGGAAAAGUUUCAGGAUCGUUUCCAAAAAAAUGACGAAAAUCCAUGCUAUAUCGAUAAACUCCCUAAUGAGGUAAUUCGUGUCCUCAUUGACAAAAUUGUUGGAAGUACAUUGGAUUUGGCAAGUCUUGAGAGAAUUGGGCUUGUAAGCUCUAAUUUUUUCCUGUUUACAAGGGAUGAAGUGCUUUGGAAGGAUAUCUACAAAAGAUCGACCAACAUUGCGGCGAACGAGAACGAUGGGUUGUCAUGGAGAACGCGCUUCUUCAGAACUCCGCACCUUCUCUUUGACGGUUUCUAUCUAUCAAAGAAAUUGCGUGAUGAAUCUGAGGAGCCUCGAUCGGCUCCGCUAGUUGACCGUCCAGAUAUAAUUGAAGGAUAUGACAUGAUCAAAUUUUAUCCUGAUGGUACAUCCAAGCAAUUGGCAGGUCAAAGCGAUCCAAUGCGCAGCUACCAUCUUUUCGAAGGUGUACAAGCUCUUUGUGGAACCUGGAAAAUUGAAAAGAAUCACGUUAAGAUUUCUCGCAAGUACUCGAUGUUUGAUGACAGAAGACAAAAAAUCGGGGAGAGCGAGUUGUUGUGGGAUAUGAAAAUUGUUCCCCAGAAAAACGCCACGUUUGGAUUAAGAUAUCUCAGCUGGAACUUGCAUUCGUCUUAUUACUACAUUGCUCCGUCGCUCAGAGAGUUGAAUUACACCGAUAGAGUUAAGCAACCAGAUUUUGCUUUCGUCCCAACUCCUCGCCAAAAUGAUUAA